AUGGCUGCCGAAAACAAGCCGGAAGGACUGAAGAAGAUAAGAAAUCCAGAGCGAAUGGUCCGGAUUGCCGUUGGUUACACAGGACACGCCCCUCCCAAGAGCGACGACACUGACGCCAACAAUGAGCCAGGCCAGUUGAAGAUCUACCUUCCUAAGAAGCUGCUAGAGUGUCUGCCCAAAUGUUCCUCUCUGCCCAAGGAGCGCCAUCGCUGGAACACCAACGAGGAGAUUGCUGCAUAUCUCAUCACUUUUGAGAAACAUGAUGAGUGGCUGACGACAUCGCCAAAAACCAGGCCUCAGAAUGGCUCCAUGAUCCUCUACAACCGGAAGAAGGUGAAGUACAGGAAGGAUGGCUACUGCUGGAAGAAGAGGAAGGACGGGAAGACCACCAGAGAGGACCACAUGAAGCUGAAGGUCCAGGGGGUCGAGUGUCUGUAUGGCUGCUACGUCCACUCCUCCAUCAUCCCCACCUUCCAUCGUAGAUGCUAUUGGCUUCUGCAGAACCCAGACAUUGUGCUGGUGCACUACCUGAACGUACCAGCAGUGGACGACAGUGGGAAGCCAUGCGGUCCGGUCCUCUGCUCCAUCAACACCGACAGGAAGGAGUGGGCCAAGUGGAGCAAGGAGGAGCUCAUCGGACAGCUCAAGCCCAUGUGUGCUGGGAGCAGCCUGCAUCAGAAAUGUUCCAGCGUCAAGCAGCGCAUCAUCUCCUCCAAGCAGGAGUCGGGGGCAGCAGCGGGAGGUGGAGCUGCAGCAGGUACGGGCGUAGCGGCGGGCCAGAGGGCGGAGGAAGCAGACGGCACCGAGGUCCAGAACAGCGAUGUGUCCGAAGGCCAGACGGAGCCCAGUCCUGGAGGGGCCAGGAGCCGAGGAGGAGAGAGGAGGAACGGCAGGAUGAACAGCAAAGCCUCCCUCCUCCCACAGAGCAGCAUGGAGGUGUCCUCGUCUACCUCCACCAACCAGGUGGAGGUCCCCGACACCACCCAGAGCUCCCCGUUGUCCAUCACCAGCGACAUGGCUGACAGUCCUGCUCUCGCCAUCGGGGCCGGCUUGACCCAGAGCACAGCGGUGUUCAUGUCCGAGGUCACCACGCUGACCGGGGAAUCGGUUUACUCGGCAGGCCACACCCACCUGCUGGCCUCCACCCACGAGAGCACCACCCCUGGUAUCCUGUUGGCUGGUGCCCCUGAACACCAGAGGUUUGCCUCGUUUCCUGGCGGUGUGGGCUUAGGGGAGGGAGGAGAGUUGGUUCUGUCCAGCUCUUUGGACUCUGGUGGAGGAGUCAGCCUUGCUGAGACCACCAUGACCUUUGACCCUGAUUGCUUCCUCAACAAUCCCAAGCAGGGCCAGACGUAUGGAGGAGGUGGAGGGAAGGCUGAGGGGUGUAACGGUGAUGAUGCAGGACCCCGCUGCUCCUCCAACAGCUUCCUCUACAACCCGGCCCUGGUCCACAACAUCAAGACGGAACCGGUACCCCUGGAGCCGCCGCUGGCCCCCCAGGGCAGCUAUGUAGGUGAAGGGACCGGCCUCAGUCCCAGCACCACCCUGGAGCAGAUGGACUUCAGCGCCGUGAUGUCAUCAGCCUGUGUCCCGAGUCUGACCCAGCCUGUACACCACCCCUCCCCCAGCCUCUUCCUCCAGACCUCCCCCCAGACCAGCCAGCCCUCCCAGCUGCAGACCAACGGUGCUGAAGCAACGCAGGACUCAGGCGAGGCCCAGGCUUACGGAGGCCCGGCCUCGGUGCCAACAGACACUCCAGUCACCAACGGAGACCCUCAGACACACCUCCACCAAGCCAGCCCCGACCAGCAGGGCCUGUGUGGGAGGAAUGGGCGAGGAGCGGCUCUGGGCUCUUUUCCCCUCACACCACAGGACACGGCCAUCGAACAGUCGGGCAGCAGAGGUCACCGAGAGGUCGCGGGCUCAGAUAAGACCUCUGAGAAUGGAGGGCGGGCGCUUCUCAAGCUGGGGGAUCCUCACGCGGUCUACACAGGUGUUGACACCGCACACUACCUGCAACCCACCGUGGAGGGGUCUGGAGGGGGGGUGGGGGCAGCUGGGGUCCUGAUGCCCCAGGAGGGGGCGGCAGGAGAGGAGCCGGGCACGGGAGCAGGCCACCUGCAGGCCUCGGAGGUGGAGCAGGGGGCUCUGUUGCUCCAGGAGGCUGGGAGGCUGUUUGGGGUGACAGACUACUCCCCAGAGUGGUCGUAUCCAGAGGGUGGAGUAAAGGUGCUCAUCACAGGGCCCUGGCUGGAGACCAGCAGUGACUACAGUUGUCUCUUUGACCUCAUCAGUGUCCCCGCUGCUCUCAUCCAGCCCGGAGUGCUGCGCUGCUACUGCCCAGCCCAUGACACAGGGCUGGUGAUGCUGCAGGUAGCUAUGGGGGGCGAGGUCAUCUCUUCUUCUGUGGUGUUUGAAUACAAGGCGCGUGACCUUCCUGCCCUGCCGUCUUCUCAGCACGACUGGCUGUCCCUCGAUGAUACCCAGUUCAGGAUGUCCAUUCUGGAGCGGCUGGAGCAGAUGGAACAGAGGAUGGCCGAGAUAACCAAUCAGAACCUCAGCUCGGAAACCAUGGCAACCAAGGGUGGAGGACCGGAGGGAGGCGCAGCUACUGACCAGCAGUCUCAAAUCUCUACCGAUCAAGGCUCGUUCGAGGGUCGCGUGGUGGUGGUUUGUGAGAAGAUGAUGUCUCAGCCCUGCUGGGCUUCCUCUAACCAGCUGGUUCACAGCAAGAACUCCAGAGGGAUGACCUUACUGCACCUGGCUGCAGCUCAGGGCUACGCGGGCCUCAUUCAGACCCUCAUUCGCUGGCGCACAAAGCAUGCCGACAGUAUUGACCUGGAGCUAGAGGUGGAUCCCCUCAACGUAGACCACUUCUCCUGUACUCCUUUGAUGUGGGCCUGUGCUCUGGGCCACACCGAGGCAGCGUUGGUGCUUUAUCAGUGGGACCCCAGAGCUCUGAAUAUUCCGGAUUCGUUGGGCCGCCUGCCGCUCAACAUCGCCCGAUCCCGGGGCCACACUCGAUUGGCUGAGCUCUUAGAGCAGCUGCAGCAGACCCCUCACGCUCAGGGCCCGCCUGCCGACACGUGGAUGGACCGGUGGAGAGGAGAGUCCCAGACCAGCGGGAUGAGCAACAGCCCCACGCCAACCCCUCGCUCAGAGCUGAGGAGAGCCAGGACGGAGAGCCAGCCAGAUAACCAGAACCCCAGCUGGAACCAAACCGGACACAGAGCCCAGCAGGGAACCCAAGGAGAACAGGGAGGCCCGCCCCCAGCCAAGAGACUCAAACCCAGCCCCGACACCCAGCAACAGCUAGCUAACUCAACCCCCCACCCUCUCUCCACCCUCCUCCACUUGUCCCGUAGUCCUAACCCUCCAUGCUCUCUCCUCCCCAACACCCCACUAAAUCAACCCUCCAACCUCAGCUGUCAGAACACACCUCCUGCUAGCUCCAGCCCAGAUCGGCCUCAGCUCUCCGGCGCUCCAUUCUCCCACCUGCAGGCCAGGAUAGGGGGGUCCGGGAGGGGCACCAGGUGGAGUCUGAGACCGACUCUGGGCCAGCGUAGCCUAGCCAGGAGGAUCCUAGGAAAAGAACGACUGGCCGUUCAUCUGCGCCAAAGGGUGCUGUCCGACAGGGGGGAAGAGUCAGAGCUGCUGACCUAUCAGGAGAACACAGAGGACCUGCAGAUGGACAUCACGAUGCUCGCUGACCACAUCAUGGAGGCUUCGACUUGUCGGCUGAAGCAAGAGGACCUGGAGCCUGAAGCCGGCUGCAGGAAGGUGGGGCUCAGUGGUGAUGUCAAGUUACUGUCUGGCUACCUCGGGGAGGUGGAGAGGUUUCUAUACUCCAAGUCCCAGACGCCGAGCCCCAGACCACCUCUCUCAGGGCCUGAGGACCCGCCGAGUCCACCGGCUAAAGAAGCCCGCUCCGCCCCCCCUGACUGGACCUCCUUCCUCUGUGCAGCUAUGAAAGAAGAGAGGGUGAAGAAGGACUCCUGUCUGGCCAUGACUGAGGCCGAGCAGGGGCAGCUGUACGAGACCAUCAGGCAUGCUCUGCACUCCCUCAGAAAACACAAGGGCCCCAUUCAGGAACACCGGAGAGAGAUGGCAGCAGUGAUCCAGCGCUGCUACAAGAGACACAAGCAGGUGAGACAGGUGAGACACACGCAGUAUGCACUUUAUAAGAGGAUGACCCUGGCAGCCAUCCUGAUCCAGAGUCGGUUCCGGAGUUUCCAUGAGCAGAGGAAGUUCCAACAGAGUCGAAGAGCAGCGGUCCUCAUCCAGCAAUACUACCGCUCCUAUCGACACUGCCAUAAGUAUGCAGAGAUGUCUUCUGACUCCUGAGUCUUCCUCCACAGCAUCCUCCUGACAAAGAAACAGAACCAGGCUGCUCGCAAGAUCCUGAGGUUCCUUCUCCGAUGCCGCCACAGCCCCUUGAUGGACCACAGGCCUCUGAAGCGGGGCCAGAGAGCAGAGAAGGGCCAGGGGUCCUGAGAGCCCACCGCCCCCUCAGCCUGUGAGCUAUCAACC